AUGACCUCUUGGAAUGAACUGAGAGCUAGAUUGAGGAAAAGUGAAACGAUUGACAAAGAUUUACAACAACAAAUCACCAAGGAGAAAGAACGUAUAAGGCAAGUUUUACUAAGAAUAAUUGCCAUUGUCAAAUUUCUUGGUAAACGUAAUUUGGCUUUUAGAGGAUCCAAAGAGCAACUCUAUAAUGAUCAGAAUGGCAAUUUCUUAGCUUGUGUUGAGAUGGUUGCAGAAUUUGACUUGGUGAUGCAAGAUCAUCUUAGACGUAUUCAAAAUAAUGAGAUUCAUUAUCAUUAUCUUAGUCAUAAAAUCCAGAAUGAGUUGGUUUCUCUUUUGGCUUCUGAUAUUACAAAUUCUAUCAUAAAGAUCGUUAAAGAGGCAAAAUAUUUCUCUAUUAUCCUUGAUUGUACCCCAGAUGUGAGUCAUCAAGAGCAAAUGAGUUUGUUGGUUCGAUGUGUUAAUAUGUCCGAUGGCAAAAUAAAAUUAGAGGAGUAUUUUCUGGGUUUCUUGAUGGUGGAUGAUACAUCUGGUUCUGGGCUUUUCAAUGUAUUGAUUGAUUCCAUCAAAUCUUUUGGUCUUAAUAUUGAUGAUAUUAGGGGUCAAGGUUAUGAUAACGGCUCUAACAUGAAAGGAAAACACAAGGGGGUGCAAAGACGGUUGCUUGAUAUUAAUCGAAGAGCUUUGUAUAUGCCAUGUGCUUGCCACAGUCUUAAUCUUAUUCUUUGUGACAUGGCUAAAUCCUGUGCUAAAGCUAUUUCAUUUUUUGGAAUUGUGCAACGGAUAUAUGUAUUGUUUUCUGGUUCUACCAAAAGAUGGAAAGUUUUACUUGAACAUGUUCCAAGUUUAACUGUGAAAUCGUUGUGCAAUACUCGUUGGGAGAGUCGAAUCAAAAGUGUUAAAGCAAUUAGGUAUCAAGCUCCUGAGCUAAGGUCAGCUUUGUUAAACUUAAGGGAAGCUGAUGAUACCGAUCCCAAGGAUAAGAGCGAUGCAAAAAAUUUAUUUGAAGUGCUUGGCAGCUUUGAGUUUAUACUUGGUAUGGUUAUUUGGCAUGACAUUUUAUUUGCUGUUAACACUGUGAGUAAGAAGUUGCAAUCAUCGUCCAUGUGCAUUGAGUCUACCUUACAGCAAAUUGAAGGCAUAAUGAAUUAUUUUCACAGCUAUAGAAAUGAAGGAUUUGCUUCUAGUCUGAUCAUAGCUAAAGGUAUUGCAUCUGAAAUGGGUGUAGAGGCAUCAUUUCCAAUAAAGCGUUGUUCUAUUAGGAAGAGACAGUUUGAUGAAACUGAUUGUGCUGAAGCAAAUUUGCAAGCUGAGAGGGCUUUUGAAGUUGAUUACUUUUUUGUUAUGGUUGAUAUAGCAAUCACUUCAUUGAAAACUAGAUUUGAAGAACUCCAAGAAUUCAAAAGUAUAUUUGGGUUUUUAAUGAGUUCAACAAUCUUGAAGUCAUUGAAUGGUACUGAACUAAAAGACCGUUGCACUAAAUUUGCAGAAACUUUCUCUCUAGCGGGUUCAUCUGAUGUUGAGUUAAAUGAUCUAAUUUCUGAGUUAAGUGUUAUGCAGUUGACUUUAUCAAAUAGACCAAUGUCUGCCAUGGAGAUUUUUGAGUUUGUCAGAGAUGCAGAUUGUUAUCCUAAUAUUUCUGUUGCUUAUCGGAUCUUAUUUACUGUGCCUGUGACUGUGGCAUCUGCUGAAAGAAGCUUUUCAAAGUUGAAAUUAUUGAAGAACCAUUUGAGGUCUACAAUGUCUCAAGAAAGGUUAAACGGUCUGGCAACUUUAUGCAUUGAGAAGAAAUUAUUGGAUGAGAUUGAUAUUGAUACCAUCAUCAAUGACUUCGCAUCUAGGAAUGUCCGAAGAAAUUUUUAA